UCACAGCCACAGGUUCAGUCUCACCMACUGUUCCAGGAAAUAAAGAUUUGACCCAACAAAUACGACCGAAGCAGUCACAGUCAGCAGCGCAGCAUGGUUGCUUCUUGGACAUUAUGGCUUAGCCUUUACAGCACCUGUUCAAUACUGUGCUCAGCGACGACACAAGAGCUGCAGCUAGAACCAAUGAAUUCAGCAGUGCUGCUGGGCUCCGAUGCUCGAUUCAUUGCUACCAUUCAGGGACCCUGGCAGGUCAUGUCCUGGAUGGUUGGAGGGUCUCAAGUACUCACUGUCAUCCCUAAUGAGAUAAUCUCACCYUCAGACCAGUUUUCUGCCAGCCUCUGCUCCAACAGCUGUGUGGAGUUCAUCAUCCAUAAUGUCUCCCACCCACAAGCCGGGCCAGUCACCUGCUACGUUCAGGCAGGCUUCGCACCUAAGACAGCACAGCUUUCUGUACAAG